AUCUUUCUGAAUCUGCAGGUGUUACAAAACUGUUACGCAGGCCAUCACUUAAGGACUGAAGCACUUAAGUAGGAAAUACCCAGAAGGCUCUAAAAGGGGCUGUAUAUCUAAGAGAAGAUGGCAGAUCCUUGGCAAGAAUGUAUGGAUUAUGCAGUUGCCUUAGCAAGGAAAGCUGGGACGAUAAUCUGUGGAGCACUCAAAGAAGAAAUAUCUGUUAUGACUAAAAGUUCACCAGUAGAUCUAGUGACGGAAACUGAUCAAAAAGUAGAAAACUUCAUUAUUUCUUUGAUAAGAGAAAAGUAUCCUUCUCACAGCUUCAUCGGAGAAGAAUCUGUUGCAGCUGGAGAGGGCAGCAUUUUGACAGAUAAUCCCACAUGGAUUAUAGACCCUAUUGAUGGAACUACUAACUUCGUACACAGGUUUCCAUUUGUGGCAGUUUCAAUUGGCUUUGUUGUAAACAAAAAGAUAGAGUUUGGAAUUGUGUAUAGUUGUAUAGAAGACAAGAUGUAUACUGCCAGAAAAGGAAAAGGUGCAUUUUGCAAUGGUCAAAAACUUCAAGUAUCAGGCCAAGAAGACAUUACAAAAUCCCUUUUAGUAACAGAAUUGGGAUCAAAUCGUGAUCCAGAGACUAUAAAAAUAAUUCUUUCUAACAUGGAAAGACUUCUCAGUAUUCCUAUUCAUGGGAUUAGAGCCGUUGGUACAGCAGCUGUGAACAUGUGCCUUGUGGCAACGGGUGGAGCUGAUGCCUAUUAUGAAAUGGGGAUUCACUGCUGGGAUAUGGCAGGGGCUGGAAUUAUUAUUACUGAAGCAGGCGGAGUACUGCUAGAUGUAUCAGGUGGACCAUUUGAUUUGAUGUCUCGAAGAAUAAUUGCCGCAAGUAGUCGAGCUAUAGGAGAGAGAAUAGCCAAAGCACUUCAAAUAAUUCCUCUGAAAAGGGAUGAUGCAGCUAACUGAAUACCAAAACGACACGUUAAACGUAAUUAUAUAAUGUCUCGUACUUCCAUGUGGUGGUUAUUCUACACCUUAAACCUGAUAAAAAGAUAGAUAAAUAAAUGGUAGUCUUUCAGUACUGGUGUGACUGCUUAAGUAGUGUUUUGAGAUUGGACCAACAUUCUAAGUAAGCUCUCACUGUUAGUAUUUUAUUUAACAUCAUGAUUACAUAAAGAUCUAUAAAAAGAAGCAAAUAUAACAACUCAUAUUUUCAAGCUUUAUACUACACUGGAAGAUAUAGUAGAGACUUUUUGAUAUCUAGAUAAAUAAAAAUCUCUAGUUCUGUAAGUGAAAAAACAAAAUUCAUCAUCUUAACACCACAUCAUCACAUCUGAUUCUGAACCCAAAAAGGUGAAGGCAUUGUUUGUCUGAUCUUUAUCUGUCUCAUCUAUUGUUUUCUUUGGUGUCAUCAAUGUAUACAUUUCCUUACCUUGUUACAGUUUUUGUAGAGGUUGUUCAUACAUUUCCAGAUUGUAAAAAGUUGCUUGUAGUUUUGGCUCUAAUUUAAAACCUUUAUUACUUAGCUGUCAUUGUCUUUGUAGUCAUUGUUCUACCUUUCUUAUGGUAGAUAAACAUAAUAUCCUCUUUAGGGUGUUAUGUGGCCAGUACGAUUGCAAAUUCAUUAUAGUUGCAGAAGUAAUAGUUAUUGGUGCCAGAAAAUACAUGCAUCUCCCAGAAUGAAGUUCUGAGCACACGUUCUAUCACCAAAUGGACUUACUCUAAAUUAAGAUGAAGUAUGAUUUGCGUCUGACUGUUGGAAUCGGCUGAUAUCAAGUCCUCUAUCUUAUUCUUGACAGUUGUAAUUCCUGUUAAUUUUGCUUCUCCGUGGAUGAGUGUGUUUCAGAGUCUAAGGAAUCAUUAAAAUCCAAGGGAGUUUUCAGUAACUCAGCUGGCAAAAAAGUAAGCCCAUAGUACAGAUUUUUUACAUCAUUCUCUGUAAAUUGUGAAAGGAGUGACCUGGAUCAGGUUUCCAUUGUUUUAGAGUAUGCAGGCACAAAAUAAUACCUAUCUAAACCUAAAGGGUUUAUAAAUCUAAAAAAUACUAGUAAUUUCAUUCUUGGUGUCAAUGUGUUUAAACUUUGAACACUAUACUGUUUUUUUGAAUUUUUGUAUUUAAGAUUGUUAGAAGUAUCAGUGUACUGUUCAAACAAAUAACGUACUUUUAAAAAAAAGAUUUAACUUACAGCAGUUUUUAGCCUGAUUUUUCCAUGUGUAAAGUUUCUUAAAGAAAGUUGUCUCAUUGAUGGUCCAGUCAAGACACAGCAAUGCUUUGGAAAACCUGACUUUGUACUGCUGUCCCACUUUUUAUUUUGAAAAAUGAUGUUGUCUUGUCUUGAAGUUUCAGCAGAUCUAUUACUAUAAAUUUCAGUCUUUCAUAUCAUUUGAUUUUUUCAGAUUUUGCAGAAGUACUUAAUUUGAAAUUGUAUCUAAUGCCAGAUGAUUAAUGGUAAUGAGAUCAGCCUACUAUUUAAAGGUCUUGUAAAAAAGCCAAAUUUAGAUUAAUUUUACUUUUAAAAUCCCCAUUGACAAGGAAAUUUUUUGAGCAUUUCACUAACUUUAUUGCUGUAAAUUAUGUGGGAUCAUCAUUAUUUCUUAAGCAGUAUGUCUACUGUACCAUUUCUGUGGCUUUUAUAUAACAAAUUCUGCAUAAUUUUUUUAAUCAAUUUAUUUGUGAAAUGGAGACAUGUCUAAAAAGUACUGGAGAUGGGAGAACACAUUCAAAAUAAAUAUGCUUUACCAGCUGU